GUCCGUCCAUCCACACACACGGCAUCCCAUCUUACAGUCACUCGCAUACGGACGCCACGCCCAGCUCACUAUGUCGCAUGCCGUCCGGUGGCAGGCAGGCGCUGCAGCCAGCCAGUCGACCGACCGUCAAAAGCUGAAUUUCAGCCUUUGGUACCGGGCGCAUUGGAUGAGCGCCCCCAAAGUGAAGGCGCUCAACAGAAACAGAGUCAUAUAGAACCAAAAUGACACCUGCACGCUCAACACAAGACAGACAGACAGCCACACACGAGAGACAUCAGUCGAUAUCCACCAGCACACCGCGCCACACACAGAUGUCCCACGCAGCGCGGACCUGGCAGUGUCCGAUGGGCAUCUGUAUCUCGCUCUUGAUGGCUUUGCUGCCGAGUUUGCGGACGUGCCACUUGAUCUGGCAGUCGAAAAUCUUGAAGAUCAUCUUGCGCUUGUAGCAGCUGCACAGCCGUCUCAUGUACCAGCUGCACCCCGCACCAGGCAUCCGAGGACACACAUACACACCCACCAAACACCCCUGCACACAAGGGCAUGCAAUUUGCAAUGCAGGAAUGUGUGUCUGUGUCUCCCUCCCUCCCUCCCUCCCCCGCACGCACGAGUGACACCCACGUACCAGUCUUGUCCCCGUGUUGUCCUUUUUGCAGACGUCAGGGAAGACAAACUCCGGCAGCAGCCUGAGCUUCUGUUCGGUGGCAAUCCUGUGCAGCUCCACUCGUGUGAGUUCCUCGAGGUCGAGGUCGGGGAGCUGUCCCUCAUUGGGGUCCCAGAACGAAGGAGGGGUUGCAGCUGCUGCCGCACACAGCAAGGCCGUCGUCAGUAGGAGCAAUGGCCAGGGAAGGAGGAGGCGGGCGCCUGAUGUGUCAAUUGCCCAGCGGCGAGACGAGACGAGACGGGGAUAGAAUUGGAGGCGCCCCCACGUGCCGUCUCUCUCUCGUGGCGUAUGUGUGCGUGCGUGUGGAUGUGUGGUUGCUUUGCAAAGCGAU